UUCCACUUACAUAAAGAAGCCUGCAACUCCAGUCCCAUAUUCAUUAUGUAUUCCGCAAUUUCUUCAAUCUAUAAUUCCCUUUCAAGGAUGGUCAAUCCGUAUGGGAAUACGCAAGAGAAUACGAAUACGGGAGCCGGGGUGACUGCUGCGAACGCAUCCGAAAAACAUGACGGUACUGUUACCGCAAACCCUCAUACCAGAGUGGGUUCUGCGGUAUUCGCAUCUGCAAAGGAGGACUUUACUGUUACUGCUAACCCUCGUAACAGAGUGCGUGCUGCGGUAAACUCACCCUGGAUGCGAGAUGAUGUUACUGUUAAUCCUCAUACCAAAGUGGCUGAUGCUGUAUUUGCAUCCGUAAAAGAAGACGUUACUGUUACUGCUAACCCUCGUAACAGGGUGGGUGCUGCGGUAAACUCACCCUGGAUGCGA